ACGCCGCCGGCACACACGCCCGCGCGCGCAACAUUGAUUUACUCGCUGGUCGCGCGAUCGCGAGAGCUCAGUCACUAGUGCGCAACGCCAACAAAUACAAGUGUUUCAGCGCUCCAGAGCGCUACUUUUAUUUUGCGUUCAUUUAGUUCUGCUUCUAACAACAAAAACCUGUUUUCAAUUGCCCGUGUUAUCUUCUGUGAAUAUUACUAAAGAUCUACGUGUUUUAAUUAUAAGUUCAGUGCGUUACGCUUUGUGGUCUACCUACUUCGGUUCCUGUGUGUUGAGUAAUUCUGUGUCAGUUGUAGUGACUGUGAUUGAAGAAUCUGAAGAUUUCAUCGCUAACGUGUUCCCAUUUAGGAUUUCACCACGAGCGGGCUCAAGGAAGUGUAUAGUCAAGUGGACAGCGGCGGCGGUGGCUCGGCCGAAGUGAUGGUGUACUCUCUUGGCUGGGGGAUGGGCGAGCCGGAGCGCCGCGGCGCGGACCGCAAGCGCUCGCAGCCCGCGGCGGCGCUGUCGCCCGACGACGGACACGAGGUGGACGUGUUGCCGCUCAACAAUCAGGUGGGCGGGCACACGCGGCUGCUCGUGCUCAACGACAGCACCGUCAUCAAGCCCCUCAACAUCCGCGAACUGCAUUUCUACAUGAACAUUCCCGAGGACAUCCAGAGCUUUGUCCCCCGCUACAAAGGGGUGAUGCAGGCCUCCAUAGCCGGAGGCUCGAAGCCGGACAAGCGGUACUCGCCAUGUUUCCGCGAGGAGAACGGCCGCAAGGCGUCGCUCGGCGGCAAGCGCAAGCGCGACGACGUGUUCAAAUUUAAAGUUCACCGAAAUGGCAAUGCUAGCGAAGUGCUUAAGAGCAUAGCCCACAUGGACAAUUCUAAUAAACAAUAUUUCCUGAUGAUGGAGAACAUAACGUCAUCGUACCGGCGGCCGUGCAUCCUGGACCUGAAGAUGGGCACAAGGCAGCACGGAGACGACGCCAGCGCAGAGAAGCGCUCCAAGCAGAUCGCGAAGUGUGCAGCCUCCACCUCCGCUUCGCUCGGCGUCAGACUCUGUGGCAUGCAGGUGUACGGCGAGACUGGUGCGUGCGUCCGCCGCGACAAGUACUGGGGGCGCGCGCUGACGGAGACGGGGCUGCGCGAGGCGCUGCGGCACUUCUUCGCAGCCGGCGCCGCGCCGCGCGCGCAGGUCGUGCGCCGCGCGCUGCGCCGCCUCGAGGCGCUGCGCCGCGCCAUCGCCAAGCAGACCAGCUAUCGCUUCUACUCGUGCUCCCUACUGAUAGUGUACGAAGGCGACACGGAAGAGCCUGACACCCCCUGCGCGGCGCAGUACGACGCGGACGCGUCGAGCAGCUCCGCCGAGCAGCUGCCACCCUCACACUUCGACAUGUCCACGCUGCACGCCGGCAUCGCCGACCGCGAGCGUGAGCCCUUCCAGCCGCACUCGGAGGAAACAAUGGGCGGGUACGAGGAGGGCGAGGUGGGCGGGGCGGGGGCGGCGCACUCGCCGCGCCGGCAGCCGCCCAGCCCCGACUCCACGGACAGCUGGAUGGCGUACUCCACGUCCACCUCCAGCGAGUCCUGGCGCGGCUCGCCCGAGCCCGCGCCGGAGCCCGAGCUGGGCAAGCGCGCGCGCACCGCGCCCGACGAGCGCGUCGACAUCCGCAUGAUCGACUUCGCGCACACCACGUGCGCGGGCGCCGCCGCCUCCUCCCCGCUGGCCACCGCCACGCCGCACCACGGCCCCGACGGCGGGUUCCUCACCGGCAUAGACUCGCUCACCCGCCUGCUCACCGAGAUCCUGCAGCCGGACAGUUAAUGA